GGGGACCGCAGCCGCGGAGCCCGACGCGGCUCCAGACGCCGGAGCGGCUGCAGGAAGACCCUGGGCUGCAUCUGCGGUUGCCAGGCAAGUGGAUGUGAGAGGCCUGAUCCUCCUUAUUCUCUAGAGGCCAUCCUGUCGCCGCCGGCACUAUGCUGUCCCCUCAGAGGGCUUUACUCUGCAACCUCAACCACAUCCACCUCCAGCAUGUCUCUCUAGGCUUGCAUUUGUCCCGCCGUCCGGAGCUCCAGGAGGGGCCCUUGAGCACAUCCCCACCCCCAGGGGACACUGGGGGCAAGGAGAGCCGGGGCCCCUGCAGUGGGACCUUGGUGGACGCCAAUUCCAACAGCCCAGCCGUGCCCUGCCGAUGUUGCCAGGAGCAUGGGCCAGGCCUAGAAAACCGGCAGGACCUAGCACAGGAGGAGGAGGGGGCUGCCUCUCCCUCAGACCCGGGCUGUUCCUCCUCUCUCAGCUCCUGCUCAGAUCUUAGCCCCGAUGAGUCCCCCAUCUCAGUCUACUCCAGGGACCUCCCUGGCAACGAGGAUGUCCACCCUCAGCCCAGCAUCGUUCCCCUGGAGCAAGGCUCCCCCCUGGCUUCUGCAGGCCCCGGCACCUGCUCCCCAGACAGCUUUUGUUGCUCUCCGGAUUCCUGCUCUGAAGCUUCCUCUCCAUCCGGUCCAGGCCUGGACUCCAAUUGUAAUGCCCUGACCACUGGCCAGGACCUCCUUUCCCCAGGGCUAGAGGAAGAGGAGGAGGCCGAGGAGCAGGACCUCCCUACCUCUGACCUUCCAGAGGCUGAUGAUGAGAAAAUCGAUGCUGGGAAAACCGAACCCAGUUGGAAAAUCAACCCCAUUUGGAAAAUUGACAAAGAGACAACUGAUGCUAGCUGGAAAAUCACUGAGAACAAUAACUCCGGUUGGAAAGUCAAUGGGAAUACUAUUGAAUGUUGGAAAACUGAACCUGGAAAAUUUGACUCCAGUUGGAAAACCAAUACAGGAAUAACUGAUUCUGGUUCGAAAACUGAUGCAGGGAAAAUUGAUGGGGGAUGGAGAAGUGACGUCAGCGAGGAGCCGGUGCCCCACAGGACAAUCACGUCCUUCCACGAGCUGGCCCAGAAGCGCAAGCGGGGCCCAGGGCUGCCCCUCGUGCCGCAGGCCAAGAAAGACCGCAGUGACUGGCUCAUCGUCUUCUCUCCGGACACCGAGCUGCCCCCCACAGGGUCGCUCUGCAGCUCCCAGGCGCCUCCCCGGGAAGUCACCACCUUCAAGGAACUCCGGUCCCGAAGCCGGGCUCCGCCCCCGCCAGUCCCGCCCCGAGACCCCCCAGCUGGCUGGGCCUUGGUCCCACCUCGGCCCCCACCGCCACCCGUCCCGCCCCGGAGGAAGAAGAACCGACCUGGGCUGCAGCCCAUAGCAGAGGGGCAGCCCGAGGAGGGCAGGGCGGGAAGCCCAGCUGCUGGUGAGGAGGCCCCAGCUUCAAAGGAGCCGGAGCAGCCAGGUCCUCAGGCUGGCACUGAAGCCGGUCCCCUCCUGCUCCCUCGGCCUCUGGUUUUUCGGUUCUCGGCUGACGGGCGCCCCCUGUUGCAGGGUGGGAGCGCGGCCGCAGCUGGGUCUUUGCUCCUGGCACCUCUGGCCAGUUGGCCAGGCGCUGGGCUGCGGCUCCUGGGGGCACCGAGUACCCCGGAGGAGCAGCUGCUGCCCGUCCGCCUGUCCCCGGUGGGGGCCUAUUCGCCUCCGGCUAGGGGGCACCUUCCCUGCCUGGCCAGCCCUGAGCUGGCACUGCUGCUGUCCCCGCUCUUUCCCAGAAGUAGCACCUUCCCCCCCGUGGCUUCCCCACCCCGCCAGGUACCCGCCCCCCCGCUGCCACGGCCACCUCGUCCGCCGAAGGCCCCUCGCUGGACCAGGAGCCCACCGCCUCCGCCCAGGCUACGUAAGACGGAUGGGGUCCAGACCCGCGGGCCACGCCUCAGGCGGGGCUGCCCCGCCCAUUCCAAAGCCCCACCCAUCCUCGGCCAGACCUUUGCUUUAGAUUUUUCCCCGUUACCCGGCUGGGUCCAGCCCUUCGACCUGGGCGAUUCCAAGAUCAUUGGUCCUGGGGAGUCUGGCCUUGCCAACUCCCCGUGCUGGGCGAAGUUUGCUGCUUUCCCAACUGCGUGGCCGGGACAUAGUGGAUACAGGCUUAGCCGGCUUCCACACACAGCUUAAGGGGGUCCCAGCAAAUCCAUUGUUAAGGACCUUGGGUCACAGCCUCUGUGGAAUUCCCUGGCCAGUGCAGUUCGAGCCUGACUCCUACCUUGUACGGGAAGGGAGAAGGGUGAAGUUCGCUCAGCUCAUUGGCCGAAGGGGAUUCUGGUCACUCCUUCCCCUUGGGACCAGCCCCAGUGGGUUGCAGUGAGGGGCCCUCCGCCUAGCUGGCCCAGGACCCAGGUUUCCCCUUUCCGGAGCGUUCCAGCCUCCCAAUCCUUGGGUCUGCUCUCCCUGCGUCUCUCCUCCCAUUCCCGUCUGUCUGUCUUUCCAUUGGUCCAGGCUCCCCACGUGCUCCCUGGGUCCCCGCGGACCUGACGUCCCCCCCUCCCCCGCCACCUCCCGCCAGGGUGUGGGGGGGAGUGGCGGGCACAAGGCUGCCCCUCCCUCCCCUGCCCUGUCAUCUCCCGCCUUUCAGGGCCCAGCCUGGCAGGCGGGAGGGAGGUAAGCACGGCUGCCCCACGCUGGGACUUCCGGGAUCGAGGAGUGGGAGCUGGGCCGUGAGGAAGGGAAAUGGAAACCAAGAAGUGGGGAGCAGGGCGGCAGUACUGAGAUACGAGCAGGCUUCCACUCCGGGAGCUGCCCUGUGCUCCCCGCAGCCCUAGGCUCCCUUUCCCAAGACUUCAGGGGCUGGGGUGUCUAGACCCAUAGGAGAUGACCCUUGCGAAAGCCUGGAGUCCUUGCGGGUGACCCCUGGUGUCAGUGCGUUCUUGCUUUAUCCCAGUCCGUAGUUCCUGGUCGUUCGCCGGUGUCCCCGGGGCCCAGCGACUGUGGAUGGCAGAAGCCCAGAGUGGGACUGGCCAGCUGCAGGAGCAAAAAAAAGGUCUCCUGAUAGCUGUUAGUGCUUCAGUGGAUAAAAUCAUCUCGCACUUUGGGGCCGCCAGGAACUUGGUUCAGAAGGCCCAGUUGGGGGAUAGCCGUCUGAGCCCAGACGUGGGGCACCUGGUGCUGACCACCCUCUGUCCGGCCCUCCAUGCCCUGGUGGCCGACGGGCUGAAGCCUUUCCGGAAAGACCUCAUCACUGGGCAGCGGCGGAGCAGCCCCUGGAGUGUGGUGGAGGCGUCUGUGAAGCCAGGCUCCAGCACUCGUUCCCUCGGCACCCUCUAUAGCCAGGUCAGCCGUCUGGCCCCGCUGAGAAGCAGCCGUAGCCGCUUCCACGCCUUCAUCCUGGGCCUCCUCAACACUAAGCAGUUGGAGCUGUGGUUUUCCAGUCUCCAGGAAGAUGCAGGCCUGCUGUCCCUCCUGUACCUGCCCACUGGUUUCUUCUCCCUGGCCCGGGCUGGCUGCCCCUCCUUGUCCACGGAGCUGCUGCUCCUGCUGCAGCCAUUGUCGGUGCUCACCUUCCACCUGGACCUGCUCUUUGAACACCACCACCACCUGCCCCUGGGACCGCCUCAGGCCCCACCACCCCCAGGCUCACCUCCAGCCCUGCAGCAGACUGUGCAAGCCAUGCUGCACUGGGGGGGUCGGCUGGCCCAGAGCCUCCGGGGGGCUUCUGGGGAGGCCCCUCCAGGCCCUUCGGCUCCCUCAAGCUCUCCCAGCCCCUGCAGCUGGUGGGAGCAGCUGACCCAGGCCUCCCGGGUCUAUGCGUCUGGCAGCACCGAGGGCUUGCCUCUUCCCCGGUGGGGAUCCAGGCGCACCCGGCCUGCAGCUGAGGCCGCACCGGAGAGGUCCCUGCACACGGAGGAAGCAGCACCAGGCCGAGGCGUAUGGCUGGGGAGACUGUUUGGAGUGCCUGGGGGCCUCGCAGAAACUGAGAGUGGAGCCCCAAAGUCCAGGAGACCAUCCAGCUGGUUGCCUCCGACAGUGAGUGUGUUGGCUCUGGUGAAGCGGGCGGCACCUCCUGAGGCUCCCUCAUCUCCUAAGGAGCUUGAGGUCUCAGAACCCAGCACGGCGCAGACCCACAGGGCAGUCCGGGCUCUCUGUGACCACACUGCUGCAGGACCUGACCAGCUGAGCUUCCAGCGAGGGGAAGUGCUGCGUGUCAUCGCCACUGUGGAUGAGGACUGGCUCCGCUGUGGGAGGGAUGGAGCAGAGGGACUGGUACCCGUGGGGUAUACCUCCCUUGUUCUCUAGGCCUAGCACCUUUUCCUUUCCUGCACCUCUCUCUCCCUCUGUCACCUGGGAAUGGAAUGGCCUGUGAAUACUCACCCAUGUAUACUGACUGUCCCCAAAGUACUUUCCCUGUCUGCAAAAUGACACUUUCUUCCCAUAGCCAUUUCUGCUAAUAUCUAAAAUAAACUUUCUUCCUUCCCUCCCAUACCCAUCUAUAAGGUGAAAUCUGCUCUUCCAAAAUAUAUAAAAAGGAAUUUCCCUCCACGCCAUCUCUUUCCAAUCUGUAUUCUGCAAAAUGGAAAUCUAGCCCCCCCUCUAUCUUCUUCCUCCGUUAAGUGGACUGCACCUCUAUAUAUGCCUCAGUUCCCAAGACUUGAAGGGCCUCAGUUCCCAAGACUUGAAGGGCCUCAGUUCCCAAGACUUGAAGGGCCUCAGUUCCCAAGACUUGAAGGGCCUCUAUAGCCUUCUUCCUGUGUAUGGAACCUUCCCCCAUCUCACCCAUCCCACGUUGCCUGUAUUUAUGAUGUACUCAUGCUGGACUAGGUGCUGAAGUCUGGAUACCCCUGGUGGGGGAGCCUGUGGUGUUGGUCUGUCUCCUUCCUCCUUUGUCCCAAUAAAGAGUGGGAGUUGAA